UUCAUAGCAUCAUGACAGCUCAUUUAUCUCUGCUGGACAAGUUGUGUGUAUAUGGAUGGGGCUCAGUAUUUGCAGGGGAGAAUGUAGGUGAAGGCCUGAGCAGAUAUCAGGAACUGUAUAACGCUGCACUCAACGAUGACGAAGAAAUGCUCAGUACGUUGUUGACAACGAACAAAGAAGCCACAAGCGCCAAGGUUGACAUGUUCUCCAACACUGCUCUUCACAUCGCUGUCACAAAAGGAAAUGAAAAAUGUGUCAAAGACUUUGUUGAAGCACAGCUCAGAACAAGACCUUCGAAUACAGAACUGCUUCGGACAAACGGCUUUUCACCUUGCUUCUCUCUCCGGCAAAAUUGAGAUCGUAAAUGAGUUGCUGAAAACGAAUAUUCCGGAGUUGCUGUUGAUUACUGAAUCCACCCGUUCCAAUACCAGUGCCAACACACUGAAAUACAAGACUUGAAGUUAGAUGCUGCGGAGGAUCUUCUUGAGUUAUUGAUUAACGCUGACAUCUACGGGGAGAUAUUCCGAAUGCAACAUUGAAAAAAGUGGUUGGAACGAUAUGGCUUGCCCAGACAGAAGCCGAUGUGUGUUUAAAUGUUUCCAAUACGUUGCUCUGGACCUAAUACGCAAGUGCACCGAACUAUCGAAAUCCGUUGAAUCAUGGAAGAAGGCCUUGUAUCAUUUGGCUGAAAGGCCCCAUGCAUUUCAAAGCGGAAACCAUCUUGGAUUUUGGGAUAGACAGAUAUACCAAUGGAUUCAAAUAGAACAGGAAUGCAAUGGUUUCACCCAAUUGAAUUGCUUCUUUUGGAAAAGUCUAGCUCAAAUAGAACCGAGUCUCAAGAAAGUAUGGGAGAAGAAGUUGAUGCAUAUCCAAGCACAUACUCUACUUGAGCACCUCGUUCAUAAAGUUAUAAAGUUAGAUAACCAACUUGAAGUGGCGAAGUUACUUGCAUCAUCACUUUCUGUUGCAGCAAAAUUUGGAGUAGUCGAGUUCUUUAACGUUGUUUUCCAAUCUUAUCCUCCUAUGCUUGGAUAUUUUGGUUAUACUAUGUUGAGUAUACUUCAAAAUGCAAUAGUAAACCGGCAAGCCAAGAUUUUCCAGUUCUUAAAGAAGACAUUUGGAUCGGCAAUAGCCAUCGGAAAUUACAGAGAUACUUCGAAGGACACAAUUUUGCAUUCUGCUGCGAAAUUGUCAACUUCCCCUCAACUCAACAGUAUUCCUGGAGCAGCUUUACGGAUGCAGAGUGAACUCCAAUGGUUUAAGGAAGUGGAAAAGAUAGUACCACCUCAUUUUGGGAACCUGAAGAAUUCAGAGGACAUGACAGCCCAAGCUGUAUUUACUAAAGAGCACAAACACCUGGUUGUUGAAGGAGAGAAAUGGAUGAAGGAGACAGCCACAUCAUGUUCACUUAUUGCUGUGCUCAUUGUCACAGUAGCUUUUGCUGCUGGCUUUACUGUACCAGGUGGAUAUAAAGACAAUCAAGGGAUCCCAGUUUUCCUGGGGAGUAACUCCUUCAAGGUGUUUGCGAUAUCAGAUGCUCUAGCAUUUUUCUCUUCCACAGCCUCAUUGCUCAUGUUCCUUUCCAUCUUCACUACACGCUACACUGAAGAAACUUUUCUAAAUGCAUUGCCUCGCAAGCUGAUAUUCGGAAUAAUGAUGCUAUUCCUCUCUGUGGCUGCGACUAUGGUAGCUUUUAGCGGUGGCUAUAUUAUCAUGUUGGACAAUCAGUUUCCUUUGGUAGUCGUUCUAUUGGCUUUGCUUGCUUUUGCUCCUGUUACUGUCCUUGCUCUACUGCACAUUCCACUAUUUGUAGAGGUGGUGCUUUCCACAUACAGGCAUCCAUUUUAUUGAUUGUAAUACAUAAGUCUUGAAAGUA